AUGGAUCGUUUUCUCAGAAGCCAUCUUAUGCAGAUCAUUUAUCGCAGUGCCUCUUUGCCAACGUCGCCUCUUGGAUUCAAGAUGUGUGCUUGUGUCAAGAUGCACAACAUGCAUGUGUCGGAUUCCUUUCCUGAAGCCUUGGGUAUAACUUCACCUGCUGAAUGUCAAGCCUUUGUCAACUACCUCUUCCCAUAUGAAGAUGAAGAAAGGUCAUGGGAUGGCCAUCCAGAAGGAUAUGUUGCCCAACGGUUGCCAUUGCCUAGUACAACGCCUGUUGUUCCGCCUGUGGACAAUGACAUGGCGGAGUUCAUUCAGGCAGCCAAGCACCACAAGCCUAGCUCACGUCAAGCAACAGUUUGUGCACCAAUACCAGCUCCUGGAGAUUUGCUCGUACUUACAGAAGAUGGCCAUUUUGAAGAUGGGCACGGAACUAAUUUUGAGCCACCUGAAGAUCAUGCUACGACCCAGCUGCCAGCGGUGACACCAUCUCCUUUGCAAACUCGUCACAUGAAUGUCAAUCAUCCAGAUUCCAAUUGGUUCCAAGAUGCCACAGGAGGUAAUCCGUUUGCUGGUGGUAUGAACAGGACAAACAUACCACUCCAGUCGCCAGCCCAAGGUAUGCCUCCUAAUGGAAUCCACAAUUCAACAUGA